GUUGGGAUAGAAGUUUUUUCACUUUGUUACUUUUUGUUGGUUUUUGUUCAACAAAGUUAGUGAGCUACACGGAUUUUGCUUAAAAACGUUAGAAAUGAUAAAUGUGUCCAUAUGGAAUAGUGAACCGGUCCAACAAUGACGUGACAAUUCCAACGAGGAUUAUUUCGAAUUACCAGCAUAGGACGAUAUAACAGACUGCCGCGAUGGCGACCGGUGAUGAUUCGGAGGCGACCGACUGGAAACAGCGGUACCUUAGUUUGGAUGCGUCGCUGCAUAAGUUCAAGGACCAGGCGUUGAGAAUCAGGGAGGUGUUGGGUUCAAAGGUUGAAGAGUUGGAAAGAUCAGAAGCAGUGGCCAAUGAAAGAGCAGAGAAAGCAGAACAGGAGGUGAAAGUACUUGAGCAGCGCCUAAUGUCUGUCGGAUGGAAGCCAGAGGACACGGACAGCCGCGUCGAAGAGCUGGAGUUCCUCUGUCGUGACAAGGACAACCUGAUUGAAGACUUAGAACAACAACUGCAAGAGCAGAAACAGCUCCGAUCCCGGGAAGCGAAAGUCAUCGAAGAUAAGGCAUCGCAGAUAAGGGAAUGGGUCAUAUCGAGGUUAAGAGAGCUCGAGUUACAAAACCAACAGUUGAAAUUGGAGAGGAGGACGCUGUUUGAAAAGAUUGAGAUCCUGCAGUCGAGGAUACAAUCGCUCCCGCCUAGCCUAGCAAGGAAGAUUCACCGCGCUAGUUUACAGUGUCCAGCUUCCAGCUGCCUAGUCAGUAUUCCGAGGACUCCACUCGAAGAAAAUGCUCCAGAAGUCCCCAAGAGACCCUCAUCGGCCAUCUUGGAACUCUUCAGAAAGGAGCAGGAAGUCAAUGUUGCGACGCCCCCUAGUGACCUUGAGGAGGAGGAACUUGAUGCGGUCGAGGAUUUACAUUCCCCGCUUGAUACGAACGGGAAUAUCGAGGAGGAUAUUGACCUUGAACCCGAUUAUCAGGAAAUCGACGAAAAUCACGAAAGCAAAUACGAACCGUGUAAAAUUCUGCCGCCAAGGAUUAAAAUCGAACGAAAAAUAUUUCACGGGCCACCCACGCAUGAAUCGGUCAUAAGUUCAAGUACCGGAAACGGUAGCGACGAAAUGAUUCAUCGACUUAGCCGCCAUCAUUAUGACCAACGUAUGGCACAUUCUCCGCCCCUGUCGCCCCCUGCAGCAUACACGCCCAAGUCAUCGCCAUUUAUUCCCCCAGCCGCAUCAGCAGUGCCACAGACUUCUCAAAUUUCUCCGGCCAGUCCACAAGUUGUUUCCAGUUCCUACGCAGCUUACGCUAACAGUCGGAGUGUCUCUGCCAUCGCCACGUUACCUCGUGUUAAAAAGGACCGAAAACCUCAACUGCCCGGGAAUCGCCCGCAGUAUUUCGAAUACAAAAUGCCGAGGCGGAGUCGUGAUUCUAGUCGCAGAGUUGAUUCAGACGGUAUGUCGAGAUCAAGGUCGGGGUCGCGACCGCCAACGCCGCCAUUACAUAGAAUGCCUUCGUGGGAGACGCGGUUGUAUGCCGCGGCCAACAAGGGAAUGAAAUGGAAUGAGAGCGGUAAAAAUGGUCUCUCGAGUCCGCAAAGUCCUGAAGAUAUGUACCACGAUAUCAAAGUUCCUGUGUUCACGAAUGUAAAAGGGCGUGCAGCCCAAAUCAGAAAUUCUCCGUUCUCUGGUGAUAGUUCGUCCGACUCCUCAGACAAUGAUGAGCCGGGUGUAGCCAUGAUCACGUGUGGUGAGAGUGAACCAGCGAUGACCGUAGCUGGGCCGAGCGGGUCCAAGAUGACCACAAGCGUGACUGUGAUGAGGCAGGUCAACAACUCGGGCGCAACAAAAAGGGUGGCAUCUUCCCAGUCCAUCAGUUCAGAAUCCAGUGACUACUGCCUGCCCCCAGAUGAGGUAUCAUUAGGAGGCGAUAGCGACCAUUCAGAACCUGAGCACAAACUUCUUAAGUUUGCUGCUCAGAAUCUGAAAAAGGAAAACCUUCAAAAGUCUGGUUAUCUGACCAAGUUAGGAGGCAAGGUGAAACAUUGGAAGAGACGGUGGUUCGUCGUGCAACAAGGGGAACUGUUUUACUACAAGUCACAGAAUGACAUGUCUCGUAAGCCUCAGGGUCACAUAGUCAUGGACGGACAGACGCGCAUCACAAGGUCAACAGAGGGUGUCAACACAUUUGAAAUUGCGACAACUAAGAGAACCUACUACUUGAUAUCAGAUUCAACAUCGGACAUGGAGCAGUGGAUUAGGGUGUUGCAAAACGUGUUGAAGCGUAUGGCUGCUCACAUGGUGCUAGAGCAGACGAACGCCAAGAUCAUCAUGCGAGGGUGGGUGACCAAGUCUAAGAACGGCAUCAACAAGAAGUGCUGGUGUGCCCUCAUGUCGAAAUAUCUCGUUUACUACAGACACCAGACUGAUAGAGUGCCAUCCGGUCAGAUCAACAUGAUUGAUGCCCGUGUCGAAGAGCUGGAGAGGUCGUGGGACUCUGACGAUUCUGAUUCAGCAGAUUCACCUCCCAAACACACCCUGGUCAUCUGGCCGGCUCAGGAAGGACCCACGUACAUUAUUAUACCUAGCAAACAAGAAAAAGACAGCUGGCUAUAUCAUUUAACAGUAGCAUCAGGCGGAGGGAUGGGCAACAUCGGCACAGAGUAUGAACAGCUCGUAUCAAAACUCAUGAACGCCGACGGUGACCCAGGUUGUAUAUACUGGAAGCACCCCUGUUUGCUGCAUUCGAAAGAACCGAUCAAAUCACCUCUGACCACGUUACCCUCUGAAGAUCUCCAGGCAAAGGCUGUUGAUAUGUUCAAGUCUUGUAGCCUCUUCAUGAACAUGAGCAUCGAAUCGCCAGCCAUCGACUACCAUGUUAGCCUUGCCCAGAACAUUCUACAGACGUGCCUUCAAUAUCCCGAGCUACAGAAUGAACUCUAUGCACAGCUUAUCAAACAGACUGCCAGACAUCCCGUUCAACAUAAACAUAUUAUGCCAAGUAUCCUCCUGUGUGGUUCCCAGUCGUGGUUCCUGUGCGACGCCUCCCCGACGUCUCCGACCAAUUCCUUCAUAGAUCUAAGUGACGCCAAAACCAAUCCCUCCACUCAGGUGUUCCUGCAGGGCUGGCAGCUACUGGCCAUGUGCGUCGCCCUCUUUCUUCCGAAACAAAGUAUUCUGUGGUACCUUAAGGCUCAUCUGCAGAGAAAUGCGGACCCAAGAAAUGAACCGGGAAAGUAUGCGGUAUUCUGCCAAAGAGCCCUGGAGCGCAUUUUACAGAACUGUGGUCGAGAAACGAGGCCGUCCAAGAUGGAAGUGAUGUCGAUAUUGUUGAGGAAUCCCUAUCAUCAUUCCUUACCAAUCAGCAUUCCAGUACAUUUCAUGAAUGGAACAUACCAGGUUGUGAGUUUUGAUGGUUCGACCACAGUCCACGAGUUUAUACUGAAUCUCAUUAAAAUAGUGAACGUUCGCGAGUUCAACCAGUCAGGAUUCGCUCUCUUCUCUGAUGACCCGUCGGGGAAAGAUCUCGAACAUUGUCUACAAAAUACCAGAAAGAUCUGUGAUGUUAUCUCUCAGUGGGAGCAGCUGUACCAAGAGCGUCAAAAAGAAGGUGCUGAAAUAAGUAAAACAAUUAAACUCAUUUUUAAGAACAGGUUAUAUUUCCGUAACAUGAUCAAAUGGGAGACGGAUAAAGAACGUCUGCUGUUGUGUUACCAGGUGAAUGAGGAUAUCGUGAAUGGAAAGUUCCCACUCAACAAGGAUCUCGCGAUAGAACUCACAUCACUCAUGGCUCAGAUCGAGUACGGUGACUCUAAGGUGGGCGAUGGCAUGACUGGACCCCAGGCAGCUCAACAUUUGCAUUUAGUCAUGGAGAGGUUUUACCCGAGGCGGUACAGCAAAGGUGCCACGGACCACGAAAUGAGAGAGGUGUUGGAGAGGAUCAUUACAAAGUGGAUGACCCUGCGAGGAUGCUCGACCGCUGAUUGUGUCCGUGCUUAUCUGACUGCCGCCAGGAAAUGGCCGUUCUUCGGUGCCAGGCUUUUCUCUUCACGGAUGAAGACAAGUGGAGAAACCAACCAGGUAUGGUUGGCCAUUUAUGACGAUGGAGUGAGUCUCUUGGAAUAUUCAACCAUGAAUCUGGUUACAUCGUACGAUAAGAAAUCCAUUGUGACGUUUGGAGGUUUUAAGGAUGAUCUGAUGAUAGUCAUCCACCGGCCUCCGCCAAAUAGGAGAAAGACGGAGAAAUUCCUGUUCACCAUGUCCAAACCUAAGAUUCUCGAGGCCACGCUUCUCAUGGCAAGCUAUGUCAAUGUCAAGCCCCGUCGGCCGUCAUUCGCCACCACAUCAGAGCCAAGGACACCAACAAAAUCCUCACAUUCAACCAGUUUCAGCCUCCCGAAACCAUCCGUCAUCACAGAUUCAGCAACUUUUUGAUGUGCUGGUUUCAUGUCGAAUUCUACGCUGGUGAUUUCUGUUAAACUGCCAAGGUUGGUCAUUGUCAAGGGGAUGGUCGAUGCAUCGUCACCAAUUAAGUAAAAAGACUUUUUACAUCCAUCCUUGUCAUAGUCAUAACCUUUGUGAUGCCUAUUUAGGAUUAUGGAAGAAUACACCAGCAAUGACCAAUACUGGGUAGGCCAACUCAUUCAAUAUUUAGAAAACCAUCUUAAAAAGCCAUUCAAACAACUCUGCUGUGUCAAAGAAGUUCGAUGUUCUCUUUGGAUCCUAAAGUUUUUGGUGUGUUUUUUUAGUGUAUGCUGAAGAAAACCGCUAAUGUUUAGACACAAUAUAUUCUGGUUAGAAUUACGAAUAUGCAGGUCAUUGACCCAACAUUUCGUCACAGGUCUGAAGCAGUUUGCAAACAAUUCUGGUCUGGAAAAUGUUUCAGUGAAAGGGAGUACGAUAAAUGAAAUGCUGGAUACAUUUGUAUCAAUGACACUGUUUUACAGUUAAUUAUAGCAGUUUGUGUUAAAUAUUCUAGUUAUUUAGCCAUUUGUGUUCAUUUUGGUGUGAUCAUUUAUGCAUGGUGAAUAAAAGUGGGUAACUUAUAUCUUGUUUAAAAAUUAUAGUGUUGUAGAUAGUAAUACUCUAGUAUCAUGUAGAAUUAUUCUAAUUUAAAAAAUCACUGGUCUCCGAAAUUUGCCAAUUUACAAAAGUGUUAUAACAGUCCAAGGGCAACUAACUGUAAUGGGUUCAUGUUAUCUCUGAGCUACACGGAAAUGUCAGCGAACUACAGCUAAGGGUUCAAAACCAUGAAUCUAGUUUACUGGCGAGUCCCAUAUCGUGUAGCUCUAUGUUAUUUCGGCCAAACAGAGCAUACCUUUAAAUGGGAGUACAUGUAUCUGACACAUUUUCUAAAAUUUGUUGAUGAAUUUGAAAUGAAAUUGUUCAUGAAUUGUCUUUCAGGUUUCUCAGGUAUCAUAAUAGUAAUACUGUUCAUUGUUGUGUUGAUAGUUUUCUAGACGAGAUGUGGUUUUAAGGCGUUACACCACAGACGGGCAAAACCAUUUUCCAGACGGGAGUCCUAGUAGUGCAUGUAGUGCAAUGCAUUAGGUUCCACCAGAUGGGCAAAACCAUUUUCCAGAUGGGUGUAGUGCAAUGCAUUGGUACUACGGGUACAGGUGAUCCCCUAUUGGGCAGUGCCCAUUCACUCAGUCCCUGGGAAUGGAUUUUACCUGUUUUGUCCUGUACUCUAAUGCUUAUGACAACAACAUCUCUUGCAUCUUCAUUGAAAUAGUUUCUGACUGUGAUGUGUGAUGUUUGGCUGUAAAUCUCUGCUAAAAAGUUAAAUAGGUGAAAAUUAUAACGGUCACAAAAUGUUUAUCAUUCUCGAAACGAUGAUGUGAUGGCAUUUGAAAAUUUAGAGUGGAGUUUCAAGUUCUGUUUUAAUCGUGUUAACUAGCAGAAGUGAAGUUACGCCAUUGGAGUGAAAAGUACCUUUAGUUAAAUCAAACUGUGUUGCUUUAAAUGUGCGGUGGUACUUGAACUUGAAGUGUACUUUAGGAUAUUAAAGUGUGACAAUAGUUUCGUACCUUUUACUCCAGCAAAAAUGCUGUCCUGCGUGUAUCAUGUGUCAAAAAUGAUGUGUCAAAAUUCAAUAUGAACACUUAAGACUGGAAGUCAUUUUACAAAAUGAUAUAUUUGAUGGUUGUGAAAGUUUAUAUCAAAAUCCCAUUUUCUCCCGAUUUUGGUAGUCCAUGAACAUAUUGAUAUUAAAAAUUAUCGAAUGAACUCAGAAAAUAUGCAAAAAUAAAGAUGCUGACUGUAUAUUUCAGUAUUGUUCAUCAAGAAGUAUGAUUGCAGAUGUCGAAAUGACAAUUGCAAGAUUUUAAAAUUGCUUUGGUUUCAGGUUGAUGUUUCUGCAGCUGAUAACUCAUACAAUGUAGUGAGUGUAAUCGUUACGUAUACACUGUAUGUAAAGUGUAAACAAAAUGCAUAUAUCCACCAUGUCCGUCGAAUCUGAAAAUAUUUGUGCAGACCCAUGACAAUUCUGGUUCCGGUACAGUUUGUCACAUUCCAUAUGGGCCGCGCGUUGGCCGAUCCUGCAUUCAUGACGCGCCGCACCCACAGUCACGACGUCGGAGGUGAUUCCCAUUGUUUCCUUCCUCGUGACGCAAUUAUUUUAUGACGUCAUGAGCCAUUGACCAUUCACACAAGUAGAUUUAUUCGCACCGGCGCCACUGAAGUGCGGGUGUGGGACAUCAUGUAUUUAAAAAUCGUCUGCUAGGACAUACAGUUGUGUGAGUUCACUAGAGCUUGCUCUUUACGUAUUAUUCCUGUGGGUAAAGAUUGAUUCAGUUGAUGUAGAAAUUUUCAUCACAAGUGAUGUUUAGUAAAGGCUUCCUCUUUAAUAUGCAAUGUGCAAUGCAAAAAAUAUAAAUUAUUAACCGAGUAUGCAAAAGGCGGGGCGGGGCUAAGAUAAUCAUGCAAAUUCCUCUUGAUUUCCUGUACUGUUAGAAGUUGCAUCAGUGGUAUUUGACUCCCCUGUGAACUCCAACAUUCACAUGCAAAUUCCUGGUUCAUCAGGAUCAACUUUUGGUCUUUUGACUAUACUGGAUUGUCUCACUAUACAAUUAUUUUUAUGCAAGAAGAGAAAUUAAUGAAUUUGUGUCCCUCAGCCAAAAGUUAUGUGUUGGUAUUAAAAAAGGUUAAAUCAAUAACUUACUUCGACAUGUUUUGCCUUUAUGUUUGAAAAACAGGUAUGAUAUGGUCUUUAGUGUGUGUGUGUACUGUAUGAAUGAUACAAUAAACUAUUUUUAAGAUUGAAA